CAAUUUCAUCCUGUGUGCUUUAUGACAUUUAGAUACAAGAUUUGUUUGAGAAAGAAAUGGAGCUUAAAGGGACCUUUGUCCCUCAGUUUCGAGUUCCGGUCUCUCGUAUAAACCGGGUGGUCGUCAAAAGGACCAAGCGGUAUCCUCUGAUCCGACUGGUUAAGGUUUCAACUUCAUUCGGGGAGACCUUUCCGGAGUCAUACCAUAGAUGGAAACCUAUCAAAGUUCAUUGCAACAACAAUUCACAAGGUAUUCAACAGUCACCGUUUACCAAGAGUGAGCGCGGCGUGCUGCCUGAACUCUCUUUUGACCGCGUGCAGCCAAAUGACCUGGAAUGUUGUGCAAUACAGAAGCGACCAUUUGGACGAUUUGUUGCUCGCGGAGCUAUGUUGGAUGAAGAAUACUGGGCAGCAGCAUGGCUGCGGGCAGAAGCUCAUUAUGAAGCCUUAUCAUAUCUGAGGCAUGUUGAGACUUGCAAGAGGAAACAUGCUGAUGAGGAGUUCUAUGCAUUGAAACAACGGUGUGCAGGACGGGAUUGGAACUCACAAAAGUAUUUUUGCAUUAUCACAGUUAAGAAGGAAGAGAAAAAUGUAAGACGCACUGUGUUAAACAGUGUUGUUGGAACCCUUGAUAUUAGUAUCCGGCAAUUAUUGCGAGGAGAAUCAUACCCUGGGGAAAUCAAGAGAUCUUCAGCUUUUGUGGCUGGCCAUGAGGGUUAUGAGAUCCUGAAUUAUGCUUAUGCUGCAAAUGUCUGUGUCUCAAAAUUUGCUCGGCGUCAGGGAAUUGCCUCUAAUAUGCUUCAUUUGGCCGUUGAUGUUGCUUCUGCAGCAGGUAUGAAGCAACUAUAUAUUCAUGUAAAUGCUGACAACACACCUGCCCAGAAGCUGUAUAGAAAAAUUGGCUUUGAGAUGGUAAAAACUGCAUCUAGUCCGUCGUCAAAAGGUCAAAGGCUUCUGAUGUGUAUGGAAUUGUGAGCAAGGACAUACCUUUCAAUGUAGUACCUAGGUUAUAUGUGUGAAUAUGUGUAAUUGAAAUAUAUUUUGUACUCUUUUCUUGUUUUGUAUUUGGUUGCUCAGUAGUUUUCCUUCACUAUGUCAAUUGUCAAGUCUGUUACA